AUGCCAAAAGGAUUCAAGAUUUUGAUCUCCGAAAUCAUCUCAUCCUUUCAAUUCUGCCGCUCCAAAAACUCUUCCAACUUCCCAGAAAAUCCUGUCCCUUCAUUCCUUCAACUCUCCCCAAACCCCGUCUUCAUUGACUACCUGCUGGCAACCUCGCCCCCUUUCAAACCCCACCACUCCUCCUUCAAGCACCACGUGUCCUCUAUCUUCUCAUCUGUCGGUUGUGGGUUCAGCACAUACUCCACCACAACGUAUUAUCCUCUUGUAGCUUUCGCGAUGCGGCGUCUUGUCCCACUUGAAUUUCGAUUCAAGUUGAGGUACCAUGGAAGCCCCAAAGGUGUGAUGGUUGUAAGACUUUUGGCCAAGAUGCAGUCUUCUAUCCCCUCAACAUCUAAUGCCUUUGAUGUCCUUGAAUCGUAUGAUAUGGACGAGUUAGGAAAUGGAGAUUCAAGUCAAGAGUUGAGAAAUAGAGGGAGUCCAUCUCCAAGUGAUCCUAAUUAUGGGGAGACUUCAAAAGAGGAUAACAGAAGAAAACUUAAAGCGAAACUUCAUGACUUGAAGAAUGCUAGAAGGAAAUUCUGAAUCCUUGUUUUGUUGGGAUUGUUGUGCUUGUUUUCUAUUAGCUUAGUUUGUUUUUUGAUGGAGUAGUUUAUUUUGUUUAUUUUUGUGCUCCCAUCAAAAGCUGUGUGUUGAACUUCAUUGUAUAUUUUUCUUUUUUAGUUAUAAUAUGACUUACUUAUCCAAAA